ACAAACUUCAUAAAGUUACACACAUUUACAUACAUAUACAUGUGUUUCUAGAUAAAAUCUAUAUAAAUGUACUUAUAUAUCCAUAGGUAUACUUCUAUAGGUAUGGUCCCCAAAUAGGUUUAAGGAUGGAACUGGUUUCAGAAAAACCUGAGAUUUGUAUAAACUGAUACAAAGUGAAGUUAGCAGAAUCAGGAGAAUAAUUUUUGCAAUAAUAACAAUAUUAUAAAGAUAAUAAACUUUGAAAGACUUAGUAACUGAUCAACACAAUGACCAACCACAUUUCCAAAUGACUCAUGAUGAAACAUACUACCCACCUCCAGCAGAGAGCUAAUGGAUUCAGAGUUCAAAUUGAAGCAUCUUUUCUUUCUUUUUCUUCCUUUUUUGUUGGACAUUUUUAAUAUGGAAAUUUGUUUUACAGGACUAUACAUUUGUAAUUAAUUUUGGUUUUCUAGCCUCUAGUGGGAGAGGGGAAAGAGGGAGAGAGAGAAUUUGGAAUUGAAAAUAAAAUUGGAAAUUUUAAAAAGUAAAAGUACCCAAUAAAUUUUAUACAUCACUUUCAAAACUGUCCAGCUAAUCUGUGCUUCCUUCUGUUCUCAUCUAUUUUUAAAUGUUUAAAUUACUCUCUUUUUUGCAUCACAAUUGCCACACCCUCCUCCCAAUAACCACAAAACUGAACAUAGAAGGGGGGAAAUACUUGUAACAAGUACAUUCAGGCAAAAUAAACCCAUAUUUGGACAAUGUCCAAAAGUGCUUGCUUAUAUAAGCACCUUGAGACCACCACAUCUUUAUCAAGAAGUAGAUACUAUCCUUAGUCAUAUUUUCUUCUAGAGAGACAUGGUUGAGCAGAGUUAAGUCUUUCAGAGUUGUUUUUCCUUACAGUAUUAUUGUCAUUGUAUAAAUUCUUCCUCUGAUUCUGAUCUUGUCACUGCAUCAAUUUAUGCUACCUGGGAUUCUCUGAAAUCUCUUUCAUAAUUUCUUAUAUCAAUAUACCAUUGUAUUCUUUUUCAGUCAUCCUCAAUUAACGGAUACCCUUCUUAUUUCCUUUUCUUUUUUCAUUUUAAUCCCCCCUUCAGUAAUAGUAAGAUUCCUUUAUUAUCCUUCUUCAACAAACAUUCCUCAAUGUUUCUCUACUUCUAAUUGAUCUAUCUCUGCAUUAAAUUCCUUGAAUACAUGAAAUUCUUUGAAAAAUGCAUUUAUGUAGUUCAAUCCUUAUUUAUCCAGUUCAGAUAAAUUCAUCUGAUAAUCAUUCCCCAAACUUCCUCAUGUUUUCAUACUCGUCUUCUCUUGAACCCCAAUUAUGAGAAAUGACAAAAUCAACUCUGUUACUUUCUUUAUACACUAGUGUAUUCUUUUCAGCACCCUCCCCCCAUUCUCUUUUUAAUGCCCUCAAAAUAACUUUGGUUCAUCCCUGCAUCCUGUUUAUCUUAUGAUACCCUUUGAAGUCAUUAAAGCUCUGAAAGGACACUUGUUUCUUCCUUUUUUUAUUAAAAUGUCAGCACUCCAUCAUCAUACAGUUUCUGCCCAUUGCUCAGAUAAAUUUCCCUUUCCAGGUUUCCCCAAACUCUUGCAUUUGUCUUACAUAGUUUCUACUUAGCUCUGGUCUUUUCAUCCAAAAAAGAAAAAUGCUUGAAAAUGUUCUAUUCCAAUAAAUGUAAGAAAAGAAUAAUUCCACAUUAAGUACACGUAGAACUUACAGCAAAAGAAUGGCUUAGCCACAAGGAUUCCAUGAAUGGAGGGGGGGGGGGGCGGGAAAUAGCAAGAUUUUUUAAAAAUAGAUCUUUGGAGGAAACACUUGGAAGAAGAAAAACUAGUUUAGAAUACGAAAUAGAAAGCGGAAUCAAAAUAGUGGAUACUUUGAAAAAGUAGCCUAAAGAAAACUCAAUGAUUCAAUGAAACAAACAAAAACAGAAGGAAAUCAAAAGGCUAAAAAAAAUUAUAAGAACAUGUAAGUCUGGGCAAGUCACUUAACUUCUAUUUGCCUUCACUGGAGAAAGAAAUGGCAAACCACUCUAGUAUCUUGGCCCCAAAAACCCAUAAUCAAGUCACAAAGAGUUGAACACAACUGAACAACCUGACAACAAAAGUAUUUAUUAUCAAAUACAAGUGAACUGGAAAAUAGGAUAAGGAGAGGCAAUUUAACAGACUCUGUGAAGAAUGCAACCAAAGAGCCUGGAUAACAUAUUUCAUGAAAUCACUUUUAAAACUGCCUAGGACUACCAGACCCAGAAGGCAAAGGGAAAAUAGAAAGGAUUACUUCCUGAAUGAAGCCCCAAUUUGAAAAUACCCAGAUAUGCUUUGGCCACAAUACAGGGCUUAGAAAUCAAAGGGGACUGUGGUAGAUGGCCAGAAAAAAAAAAACACUAAGUACUAAGGAACCACAGUUAGUAUCACACAGGACUAUAUCACAACUAUUAAAAGGCAAAACAUCUUGCAACAUAAAAUACCAGCAGGCAAAAGAAAAAAGGCUUACAUCCAAGAAUAACUUAUCCUGGAAAAUUGAGUAUAUUCCUGUGGGGGGAGGGAAAGGGGCCUUAAAUAAGAUAGAAGACUUUCAAAGAUGUUUAAUGUUUGACAAGUAAAAUUUUCAAAAUGCAAACAGGAGGCUAGAGAACUAAAAAUAUAAUUAUACUUGAGCAUUAGGAAAGGGCUAAUCAUGUUCAUUCUAAUAAGGAGACAAGAGGCACAUGUCCUUUCAGAAUCCCACUAUAUUGUUAAGUAUUGCAGAGUAAAGAAAGAGAAAUCCAGAGCCUGGGUGUAGUAUUGUCAUGUUUUGUUGGUUUUAAGAAAGAAAGAAAAGAGAAAAUGGAACACACUAGGCAGGAAAUUAAAAAGAGAGAACUUAAUAUUUCUUAUAACUACAGUCCACUGGGGGAGGGGGAGCAUAUAAACCAAUGGGAGAACAGGUCUCUCAUGAACAUUACUUUUGUGUGAACUGGACAAAAGAAAGUUGAACACAUACACACAAAAAUUUUGGUGUGGAAAUACAUGAAAUUCAAUAGAGAAAUAGAUGAGGAUGUUGAGGGGUUACAAGAGAUAGGGUAAAUUUGGGAGUGGAAUAGUCACAAGCAAAAUGAGCUUCAACCCAAAAUCAUCAAGGGGAUAGAUGAAAAAGAGGAAAAGUAUAAGAACUAUUGAUUAGGGUCAGAGGAGGGGCAAAGAAGGAUCAUACCACUUCAAUUAUAGAUUAAUAGUAUUAAUACAAUUUAUUUUCUUUCAACACUUUUUCUUUGUAAAGAAAAUGAGGAGCAAAGGGGCAAACAAUUCUAAAAGGACAUAGAGGAGGGGGAAAAGCAUUUAAUAGUCAUAACACUGAAUGUAAAUGGAAGGAAUUUACUCGUAAAACCAAGGAUAGCAGAAUGGAUAAGAAAACAGAAUCCAACAAUAUGUUAUUUAAAAGAAACUCUUGAAACAGUUACAUAGAUUCAACAGAGGGACUAGAACAUAAUUUAUUAUACAUAAAGCAAAUCCUCAGAAAUCAGGGGUGGCAAUCAUAAUCUCAGACAAGAAAACAAUUAAAAUAAAUAUUGUUAAAAGCAAGAGAAAACUAAUGCUAUACUUAAAAGCAACAUAAAAAUGGAAUGAUGCAAUAUUUAAUAUAUAUGUACCAAAGGGCAUAGCAACUAAGUACCUAAAAUUAAAACUAAUCAAACUAUAAGGAGAAAUGUAAAAAAAAAAAACCUCAUAGCAUCACAAUAUAUCCCUUUCAAACCUAGAUAAAAUCUGGUCAAAACAAAACAAAAAUAGAAUUUUUAAAAAUCUAGAAUGAUAGACCUGCUAGCUGUUUAACAAAUAUCAAAAGAAGCUUAGGUGAAUAUGAAUUGUAAACAUUGGUCGUGCCGAAGCACAAAAAAUUCAUAAACUAAUGCAUAAAGUCAGAAGGAAGACUUCAAAUUUAAAUGGUGGCUAAUCAAAUAUGUGGUCCAAAGAACAAAUCAUAGAAAUAAUAGAUAAAUUUUAUCAAAAAUCAUGACAAAAAGAUAAUAUAUCAAAACCUUCAUAAUAUAGCCAAAGUAGUCUAUAAGGGGCAUUUCAUCUCUAAACAUUUUCAUAAACAAAAUGAAAGAAUUCAUCAAUGAAUUAGGCAUGCAACUUAAAAAUAGAAAAUCCCCUUUAAAAAAUCAAAGUCCUAAUUCAACACAAAAAUAAUAAUUUUUAAAAUCAAAGAAAAGAAACAAAAUGUUUAAAACAUUAAAUAAGCAGAUUUUUUUUAUUUUUUAAACUAAUAAAAUAGCUAGUUGACUAAUUCAAUUUUUUAAAGUUUUUUUUUUACUUUAUCUUCCAAACAUUGCCAGAUUACUUCAACUCAGUAUAGUUCUCUUGUAACAAAAUAAAACAGUUAAUGCAAACUAACAGUAAUUCAAUGACCACAUCUAAAAACAAGAAACAUUCUACAUAUCAGUAUCUCCCAACCUCUCUAUUUUUAAAUUUUUUUAAUUAACAAAAAUCUCUACAAAUUAUCACAAAUUAUUACAAACUAUCCAUAGUCAAGCAAAACAUUUUUUAUUGACUGUAUGUACUCACAUACACACAGAGAGAAACUAUUCUUUAUCAGUUUAUCUUCAAAAUCAUUCAUUUUUUUUAAACUCUUACCUUCCAUCUUGGAGUCAAUACUAUGUAUUGGCUCCAAGGCAGAAGAGUGGUAAGGACUAGGCAAUGGGGGUCAAAUGACUUGCCCAGGGUCACACAGCUGGGAAGUGGCUGAGGCCAGAUUUGAACCUAGGACCUCCCACAUCUAGGUCUGGCUCUCAAUCCACUGAGCUACCCAACUGCCCCCAAAAUCAUUCAUUUUUAUAUAACUAUUGUGUAAACUGUUCUUUUAGUUCUGUUUACUUCUCCCAGCAUGUUUAUAUGUCUUUGAAAUAAUCAGUUACCUCAUUUAUUACAGCACAUCAUUUAGCAUUUAGCAUAUAACCACUAUUUAGCCAUAUGUGAGGCUUUCAUAUUGCUAUUUAGUAGUGCCCUUGGGUCUGAAAUUCAUGCCUUUUUUCGCCAUGAACAUUGAAGCAGACUUUUGGUGACUAUGCUAGGGAGAGGGAAUUGUGAUAGGAAUAUUUCCUGUUCCUUACAAAACUUGACCAGCAAAAGCACAGAAGGAAGAGCACAACUCCUUUCCUCCUGCCAGAACCAUGGAGAAAACCCAAAAACCCUGUAGUAGAAGCACAUAUUGGAUCUUGAGGAGAAAGGGUCAUAAGAUAUUAAAACUAUCUGCUAUUAUGAAUCUCAUGGAUUGGUGAGCUAGAGACAGAGAGACCAAUCUCCUUCCUCACCAUUCCCUUCCUUCUUUUUAGUUAUACUCAAUGGGCCAACUCCCAGACACAAACUCCUUAUUCCUUACUCCUUUUACCCAAUUUUUAGGCUGUUGAAUAUGAGGAAUCCUUCAGGUGAACCUGAAGAACUGAGAGGUUAAGCAGAAAUUUAGGAAGAUGGCAGACGGUUCCAUGUAAACGUUUAUCAUUUGGCCUUUCAUUUUUGCUGUAUUCAAUAAAUUAUGUGGUCAAAGAUAGUUGAGUGUCUGUGUUCUAUCAAUGUGGUAUCUUAUUUGUACUGAGAGAAGAAAUCCCGGAUGAAAUAGAGCUCUAGAGCAAUAAGUUUCACAUUUAUAAUAUUUUGAGCAAUAUUCUAUAUCACCCUCUAGCUAAAUUCUGAAUAUAGCUGGCAUGGAUUUAAUCUGUCCAGCACCACUGUUUGAAGCUUUUUACACUACUUCUGUGGGGGAGGCAACUAGGCAUUUCCAAGCUGAGCAUCCACUGCUACCAGAGGCAAUACUGUAGCAUUUGAGAAAGCUGUCAUACCCAUGUGCCAGAGGGAACUUUGGAGAGACCACUUGGCUAGUGGCUCAAAUGGAGACCAUCUGGUAGGCAGAUCAAAUAUUUUACCCAUUAGAUUAUUGGUAUAAUUUUUCUUGUAGGCUUAAGAAAGAUAGCAUAUCCGCCAGUUUUGGGUGCUUGCACCAUUAUUGUGUUCCGAGAAUCACGUACUCUAAACAAAGAGUGCCAUAUACAGUCCACAGGUGUCAAAAGUACAUAAAAAAGAUUCAAGCAAGAUGAAAUUUGAGGAGGAAAAAUAGUCAGCUCCUAGAGAAGAUAGGAUAUAAAUUGGGCUUUAAUGGUUAGGUGGAGAUAGUGGAAAAUGAAGAGGAAAACUAGCGGAUUAGAGGAAGAGAUGGAAAGUAGGUUUGGAAUGGUAGAGAAAUGUGGGGAAGAUAUGGGGAAAAACAUAAACACCAAGACAGCGGAGUGUGUAAAGAAGACAGUGAGUAAUACACUUUGGCUGGUUUUGAGGGCAAAGCUUCCAAGGACAGUCUGCAUGCUGGAUCAGAAUAGUAUAACACCCAAAAGUAUGAAUAAGAUUUUUGUCUAGGGAAAGAUGAGUGGCAUGCCACAAUGGGAAUCUGCUAGAUGGACAGAGAGCUUUGUGUCUGCUCCCUUAGAUGAUACAAGGGGAACAGCUAGAGUUCCUUCAACAUCCCAAAGAAGAUAAAUGUAAAUGGUUUUGUGCAGCCACAAAGUGGCAGUGAUGGUGAACCAAGAAGCUCUGGACCAUGUGAGCAACAAAAUAGAGGAUUAGACAUUUUCUCUGAUCCCCAGGACUUCUCAAAUCUCUCCAAAACAAAAGUUAUGCAUCAAAGAUAAAGCAACUUCUGCUAUCUCAGUGUUGUGGUUCCAUGUUCUAAAAUUCCACAGCACACUGUCAACAGAGUGGUUCAAAAGAGAAAUGAGUAUCAUGAGAGCAGAAUUUAUGUCUUGCACAGCAAAAAUAAUGGGUAAAAUAGAAAAACUAGAAUCUGCAGUGACAACCUUCAAAAAAGGAAAAAAAGAGAGAGAACAAUAGAUUGGUAAUGCAGAUACACAGAAGUGAAGGAUAAUCUAGAAGAAAAGCAAAAUAUAACAUUAAAAGAAAAUAUUCUCACUAUACAAGCAGAAUAUACUGAACAGGAUAUAUAGAGGCAACCUAAGGAUUAUAGAUCUCUCAGGGAAAAAAAUAACACCACAAAAAAACUUUAACCCUAUAAUGCAGGAAAUAACAAAAAGAGAACUUUUCAAAUUUUCCAAACAUAGAAAAUGAAAUUCCAAUUGAAGGAAUUCAUGGAUUGACUUUAGAAAGAAAUUUCAAGGCUACAAACUCCAAGAUAUAUGAUUGCUAAAUUUAACAAUUCAAUUCAGAGACAGUGAGCCAAAAAGGGAGCAGGGAAUACUUUAAAUUUAUACCAAGAAGGGUUAAGACUGCUUAAAGGUAAUCUAAUCAAAAUCUUAAUAAAGUCACUCUGUUGAUUCAGGACAUGACCUUUUGGUUAUCACUUUGUGCUGGGCCAGAACCCAACAGGUUGCUUUUCAGAGCUAUCCUUCUCUCUAAAAGAUUCUGAUAUGGUUUCCAGUUCCUGAAUCUCUAGUUGUUCUUCCAAUCUUUAGAAUCUAUUCUAACACUUAUUCACUUAAGAUCAAGAAAUAAUACAAGAAUUCACUGUUUGGUAAAACUUGAUGGGAAAAAUGAAAAGCAGUCUAGCAGAAACUAUAUAUAGAAUAAUAUAACAUCUACCAAGAUAAGAUCAAAAUAAAUACUAAUAUACGUAACCUAAUACUUACAUACAUAAUUUAAUACAUACCUAAGCAUAAAGGGAACUAUCAUAAGCAAAUUAGAAGAACAGGGAACAUAUUAUUGCUCAGAUUUAUGGAUAUGAGAAGAAUUAAUGAAUAAACAAGGGACAGAAAGCAUUGAGAGAGAUAAAAUGGAUAAUUUUGAAUACAUUAAAUUUAAAAAGAUCCUGUACAAAUAAAACCUAUAACCAAGAUUAGGAAGAAAUCAGUAAAUUGGGGGAGGGGGGAAUCAGUGUCUUAGAGGUUUCAUUUCUAAAAUAUAUAAGGAAUUUUGUCAAAUUCACAAGACUGUGAACUAUUUCCCAAUUGAUAAAUGGUCAAAAAAUCUGAACUAACAGUUUUUGGAUUAAGAAAUCAAAGUUGCAUGUAGCAAUGUGAAAAAUGCUCUAAAUCAUUACUGAUUAGAAAACUAUAAGUCAAAACAAUUCUGAAAUAACAUCCCAUGCCUUUCAAAUUAGCUAAAAUAACAAAUGUUGGAGAGGAUGUGGAAAAAUAGUGACACUCACACAACUAAAGUAUAAGUAGCUUUCCAAACCAAAUGAUGGACCCACCAUUCAUCCCUAUUAGCAAAAGUCAAAAUAAAUGUCAAAGAUGAUAAUAUAGAAACCUUUUCCCUUUUAUAUUGUGAUGAUUUAGAGGGUGUUGACAUUGUAAUUUUUAUCUAUCAAAGAAUACAUUUUUUGCUUUGGACCUGUCAUUUCACUGGCAUAGAAAAUCCUGAUAAAGAAAAAUUUUCAAACAAUACAUAAUGGCCAUACCUCUGCAUUUAGAGAGUCUGAGAGAAUUGAGUGAGUGGCUCAGAGGUUAAGUGAGUUGCCCAAAAUCAAACAACCAGAAUGUAUUAGAAAUGGAAUUUGAACCCAGGUAUUGGGGACUACAAGGCCAGCUCUCCACCCACCAUGCCAUGAUACCUUUCAAAAAAGAUACUACUACCUUCAAUCCCCAAAGUGUACAGAUCAUUUUCUUUCCUUUUUCUCCUUCCUUCAGAAGCAUCCCAGAACAUGAUUAGGAUCAUGGCCCCUCUUGUGGCAGAUAAAUAAUCAUGUUUAUCAUUCUACAAGCAAAUGUGAAUAGUUUGCUAUCCACAGAAUGACAGCGAAGAGAGGGAUAGAAAUGUAGAACUUGGUUGGAGAAGAAGGUUCUGCAGGGAAAAAAAAGCAACAACCACCAAAAAAAAAAAAAAAACACGGUGCCAUUUAAGCUAGGCUAGGCUAUAGGAGGGCAGGUUAUGCCCCUGGAUUGAAGGGAAAAAUCCUUUCUCCUGAAAUCAGGGCACUGGUGAGUGCUCUCCUCCCUCCCCCAUCCCUGCUGUUUCUUUGAGGAUUAACAGAUUGGAGCAGAGGAUUAAGAGGCUGUCGUCAUCACUGAGCUUCCCUCACUGACCCCUGCUACUUCCCCUUCCCUCCCCUCCUCACUACCCAAUGAAAAAUGAAGACAGGAGAAUCUUUGCUCUCUCUGACCCGUCCUAGUCCUUGGCUGACUACUAUGAGCUUUGCUGCUCUGGGCAUAUGAGAGAAACUUUGAAGUCCUUUAGAAGGAGGCAGGACUGGUACACUUGGCAUACAAGAGCUGAAGGGGAAUACCAGAAUGCAGACCUAAAUGGGUCCCACUGCUCUCUACGGCAGCCACGCUGGCAGGAGCACUAUGCUUGGCAUCCUGCGUUUCUGUGAUUCGCCCAGAAUUCCCUGCCCUCCAAUGCUGGUGACCCGGACCUUCUUGCGAAAGAAGGUGGUUUUCCUUUAUUUGCUCCUGAGCCUCUUUCUGCCUUCCACCCAGGGCCAAAAGAAGAUCCCUCUGGAAACGGUGAAGCUCUGGGCAGAUACAUUUGGUGGGGACCUCUAUGCCUUGGUGACAAAAUACUCUGGAUCACUCCUACUAAAGAAGAAGUACAAGGAUGUGGAAUCCAAUCUGAAGAUUAAAGAAGUGGAUGGCUUAGAACUUGUGAAGAAGUUCUCUGAGGAGAUGGAAAGCAUGCUACGAAGGAAAGUGGAAGCUGUGAAGAGGCUCGUAGAAGCAGCUGAGGAAGCUGACCUCAAUCAUGAAUACAAUGCUUCUCUGAUGUUUAACUAUUACAAUUCAGUCCUCAUCAAUGAGAAAGAUGCAAAUGGCAGAUAUGUGGAACUUGGGGAUGAAUUUAUUCUGGAUCUCAAUGAACACUUCAACAAUCUGUGGGUGAACACAACCAUCAGUAACGUGCAGCUUCCCACCAAUGUCUACAACAAAGAUCCAAUUAUUUUGAAUGGAGUCUACAUGUCAGAAGCCUUAAAUCCUGUUUUUGUGGAGAAUUUCCAGAAAGAUCCAACACUGACCUGGCAGUAUUUUGGCAGCUCAUCUGGAUUCUUCAGGCUCUAUCCAGGUAUAAAGUGGACCCCUGAGGAAAGUGGAGUCAUUACCUUCGAUUGCAGGAACCGAGGAUGGUACAUCCAAGCUGCCACUUCUCCCAAGGAUAUUGUGAUUCUGGUGGAUGUGAGUGGUAGCAUGAAGGGGUUGCAGAUGGCCAUUGCCAAGCAUACCAUCACCACUAUCUUGGACACCCUGGGGGAGAAUGACUUUGUCAAUAUCAUUGCGUAUAAUGAUUAUAUUCAUUAUGUGGAACCUUGUUUUAAAGGGAUUCUCGUCCAGGCUGAUAGAGACAAUCGAGAGCAUUUCAAGCAGCUUGUGGAAGAGUUGAUGGUCAAGGGUGUGGGAAUUGUGGACAAGGCCCUGAGUGAAGCCUUCAAGAUCCUGAUGCAGUUCCGAGAAGAUGGACGAGGAGGCCUUUGUAACCAAGCCAUCAUGCUGAUCACUGAUGGGGCAGUGGAGGACUACGAGAUUGUAUUUGAAAAGUAUAAUUGGCCUGAUCGCAAGGUCCGAGUUUUUACUUAUCUCAUUGGAAGAGAAGUCACUUUUGCUGACAGGAUGAAGUGGAUUGCAUGCAACAACAAAGGCUACUACACCCAGAUCUCCACCCUGGCAGACGUCCAGGAAAACGUGAUGGAGUACUUGCAUGUGCUCAGCCGCCCCAUGGUCAUUAACCAUGACCAUGACAUCAUCUGGACUGAAGCAUACAUGGACAGCAAGCUCUUUGCACUGCAGCCCCAGAGUCUAUUGCUUAUGACCACAGUGGCCAUGCCAGUCUUCAGCAAAAAGAAUGAGACAAGAUCUCAUGGCAUCCUCCUAGGUGUGGUGGGUUCAGAUGUGCCUCUUAGAGAGCUUCUGAAGCUGGCUCCCCGAUAUAAGCUAGGGGUGCACGGUUAUGCCUUUCUCAACACUAACAAUGGCUACAUCCUUUCACAUCCUGACCUCCGACCCUUGUACCGGGAUGGAACGAAGUUGAAACCCAAGCCCAACUACAAUAGUGUGGAUCUCUCUGAAGUUGAAUGGGAAGACCAAGAUGAAAUUCUAAGAACAGCCAUGAUCAAUGGGGAAACUGGCUCCCUCACUAUGGAUGUGAAAGUUCCUGUGGACAAAGGGAGGCGAGUCCUCUUCCUCACCAAUGAUUACUUCUUUACAGACAUCAGUGAUACACCUUUCAGUCUAGGAAUGGUGUUGUCCAGGGGCCAUGGGGAGUACAUCCUCCUGGGAAAUACUUCAGUGGAGGAAGGACUGCAUGACUUACUACAACCAGACUUGACUCUGGCCAAUGAGUGGAUUUACUGCAUCACAGACAUAGAUCCAGAUCAUCGGAAGCUCAGUCAGAUGGAUGCCAUGGUCCGGUUUCUGACCAGUAAAGAGCCUGACCUAGAAUGUGAUGAGGAACUGGUGCAAGAGGUCCUGUUUGAUGCUGUGGUGACCGCUCCAAUGGAAGCCUACUGGACAGCUUUGGCCCUCAAUAUAUCUGAUAAAUCUGAGGAUGUAGUGGACAUGGCUUUCCUGGGCACCCGGGCUGGCCUAAUGAGAAGCAGCUUAUUUGUGAGCCCUGAAAAAGUCUCCAACAGGAAGUUCCUGACCCUCGAAGACAAGUCAAGCAUCUUCACUAUGGACCACUUCCCCCUUUGGUACCGGCAGGCUUCAGAACAGCCAGAAGGUAGCUUUGUCUUCAGCAUCCCUUCUGGAGGGGAAGCAGGAUCUGUGACAGUGAGCACAGCUGUGGCUGUGACAGUGGACAAGAAGACAGCCAUUGCCGCAGCUGUGGGUGUGCAAAUGAAGUUAGAAUUACUGCAACGAAAAUUCUGGGCAGCAGUGGAACAGUCUGGUAACUUGGAUUGCAACCAAGUGGAUGGAAUCUGCCCACUGAGCUGUCAGGAUAGUGACCUGGACUGCUUUGUCAUAGACAACAAUGGAUUCAUUCUCAUCUCCAAGAGAUCGGAAGAGAUUGGAAGAUUCCUGGGGGAAGUGGAUGGCUCAGUCAUGACCUACCUGCUCAACAUGGGGGUGUUUAGCCAAGUGACCAUGUAUGACUACCAGGCCAUGUGCAAAAUGUCCCACCAUCACCACAGUGGGGGUCGGCACCUUCUCAGUCCCAUCUAUGUGAUUGUGACUGCUGCCAAAUGGCUGAUGAGUGAGCUCUUCAUGUUCUUCUUAGAGUGGGGUACAUGGGGCUGCUGGCAGUGGGAGAGCAGGGCAGAGGCCCACAAGCACAAGAAGCAAGAUAUGCUGCAGCCCUGUGACACAGAGUACCCUGUGUUUGUGUACCAGGACACUGUCCAGGAGACCAAUGGGAUCAUGGAGUGUGGAGGCUGUAGAAAGAUGUUCGUGAUUCAACAGAUUCCCAACAGUAACCUCCUUCUGGUAGUGACUGAUUCCACCUGUGACUGCAGCAUGUUCCCACCUGUCCUGCAGGAGGCCACAGAAGUUAAAUAUAAUGCAACUGUCAAGUGUAACAGGAUGCGCUCCCAGAAGCUCCGAAGGCGACCAGACAGCUGCCAUGCAUUUCAUCCAGAGGAAAAUGCCCAGGACUGUGGAGGUGCUGUAGAGAACUCAGCCUCAAUAUUCCUGCUCCUGCUACCCCUGGGAACCUGGGAGCUGCUUCAGUGAAGCUUACAACAACUUAAAAUUCAAAGGAGUAGGCAAGGCCGGCUCUUCCCUGAACAGAUGUUCCAGAAAACAGUGAAUGAUGUGGAACCCAGCCCUUUCCAGUUGGGCCACUGCAGCAUCCCUUUUCGGCCUGGGGGGAAUUACUUUCUGCAGAAAUUGUUUGGCUGGGAGAAAAAGAACUAGAAUCAUGUUCCUAGAAGCCUCUCCCAAAGAAACUCUGCAGGGAACUAAUACUAUCUGCCUCAAAGUUCAGAGCAGUAUUCUGGUAGCUCCCGACUGCCUCUUCCUUAGCUGUGCAUGAACAGAUCCUGAUCAAACACUGGAGAAUUCAUUUCCAUUAAUUCCCAUUGGUGCCAGGUUCUUGAUCUGGCUAAGGGAAGAAUUGACUACUUUCGCUUAAUAGGUUGGUCAGAGAGGAAUAUCACAGGUUUCUAGGUUCUGGGAAGUGAAUGCAGACACAGAAGAAACCAUAUGGAAAAGACAAAAUGGCCACAGAUCCAUCGAGGGAAGUGAAGAUCAUAGUGGACUCUACUUGCUCCCCAUGGGACUGCCCAAGUUCCAAUGGACAUAGGCAUGGAAGGGUAUGUUUAUGUAGGCAGUGAAGAGUGACAAGGUGUAGGAAAGGCAAAAAUAUGGAAUUCCUUUGGGUAAUGGCUAGACCACAACAAAUGACAGGAUAGAAUAGUUGAAGAACUUCCAAACAUAGCUUCAAUCCAAUAAACAUUUAUUAAACACUCAUUAUGAAGUAGGAUCUAGGGGUACGAAGACAAAAAUGAAAUCGUUUCUGCCUUUGAGAAACAAACUACAGGACAAGGGUGAUUAGGUGAGAGAAAUGCCUUGCAUAUGGUCAAUCAAAUACAAAAUAUGCCCACGUUUCCAAGAGGUGGUCAUGCGUCUGAUUUGAAAGGCUGUUUGUUAAUAAUAAACCAAGGGGUCUAGAAGACCAGAGCAGAGUGGGGCAGAUACCCAAAAAGGAUGGGGCUGCCCUGGGCACAAGGCCAGGGGAGGAUAGCUCGAGGUGGGAGCUUCAGCCCAGGCAGUCUGCAACUCACAAUGACAGGGAUCUUAAGGCAGUCAAUCGUCAAACUCUCUAAAGCAAUGAUAAUGCUGACUUAACAAGGAGAGAGAGAUGAAGGAGUCUUUGGCCCUUGACUGGUACAGAGUGAGACAGGCUAUAGUGUAGGGGAGAUGAUGCGUCCUGAGUCCUGACUGAUUUUAUUAGGACACUAAGAGGCAAUGUUGUACAGUGAAGAGUCCUGAACUCGACAUCAGAAGAUCUGCAUAUAAAUUCAGGUCUAAAUUUACUAACUCACGUUUUACCCAGACACAUUUAUCCACUACAAGAGCAAAGGAGUCUGGGUACUCAGAGUGGUUGGUGCCCCCAAAGGUCUAUGAAAAAAUGGAGAUUCAUUCUCAGGGUUAGGUCAUCAGUUAGGCAAUGCUAAUAAGCCAUGAAAGUCCAGCAACUGAAUAUGUCUAUAAUUAUGUGUGUGCAGAUAUAGAUGUAUAUGCCUUUAUUGAUCUAGCUACUGGAUAUCUGGGCAUGUGCACACAAUACAUAUACCUACAUACAUUUAUGUGUGUACACACACACACACACACACACAUAUAUAUAUAUAUUUGCAUGGCAUAGUGGAUAGAAAGUUGACUUCAGAACAAAAACCAAAAUCAAGAAUUACAUCUGUAUAUUGGCAGAAUGACCAAGGCAAAGUCACCUUCCUAGAACUUGAGGCAAUUCUUUAAUAUUUGCAGUUAUACACUAUCCCAAAAGUCAUUGAAGGAAGAUCAAUUUCCCCCAAGGCUAACUCAACCUUAUAGCUUAUCAUUAAUGGUGAGAAGGUAGAAAAAGGCAGCAGUAUAUCAAUAUCAAAGAUUCCCCUCCCCUUCUUUUAAAUAUAUUAUAUAGAAUGGUCCAGGAUGGGAUGGGAUCAGGGGUGGGGGAAGGGGUCUGGGGGUCAGUUACUGGGAGAAAUUUAGGAAAUGUGAAAACAAGACAUUAAUAAACAUUUAUUUUUAAAACAUG